AUGCCUCAGUGGUCUUUCCCAACCUUCAUUCCAUAUCCGCCUUCCAAGGCUGGAUAUUGGAGCCCUGUCACAUCAACAUUGAACUGGUGCGAAGAGGACUACUAUGCGACCAUCUACUCCGCCGAAAUUGUCAAUAGUCUGACAAAUCUCUUGUUUAUGUGGCUUGGACUCAAGGGCAUCCGGAACUAUCCGAUGCAAUUAGUUGAUGAGCUCUCGAUGAUCUACACGACCUGCUUGAUGUGCUAUGCCUCAUUUUCUUACUUGAGACCCCUCGGCUUCCGUAUUUUUCUCGCUAUCGCCUUGACGAGUUUGGCCGUCUUUAUCACCCUUUACUACCAUUACCUUCAGGAUCCUGUAUUCCAUCAGAAUGCGUAUGCGCUCUUGACAACCGUCGUCGUGUUGAGAAGUAUGUACACCAUGGAAGUGACACUUCGCCCAUCUUGGCGGCACUCGACUGAGGAGGAUCGGCUGGCUCGUGAAAAGAAAGGUCUCCCGGUGCCUUCCAAGGAACAUCAGCAUCACGAGAAUGUCAGGGACUUGAAGACUCUCAAAACCAUGUGGUUCAUGGUUGCCUAUGGAUUAAGUAUGUUUCUGGGUGGAUUCCUCAUUUGGAGCCUGGAUAACCACUUUUGCUCUACGAUCCGCGGAUGGCGUCGGGCAGUCGGUCUUCCUUGGGGUAUUUUCCUUGAAGGCCAUGGUUGGUGGCAUCUCAUGACUGGUACUGGAGCUUACCUAUAUAUCAUCUGGGGUAUCUGGCUGCGCCAUUGCCUGAACAAACGGCAAGAGGAAUAUCACCUGUGGUGGCCUCAUUUUUGGAACUUCCCAGAAGUUGUCCGCAUCAGUACUGACUCCGGAAGUCGACUGGCCAAGAAGUCAAUCUGA